GCGGGCGACGACCGGCGGGCAGGAGCCGUCCCGGGCGGGCGAGGUCAGGCUCGUGGCUGCUGGACCUCCUCACCACCUUCCUCAGGACCUGGAAGUCAAAACCCCGGUUGCCUUCAUUCCGCGUGGAGUGUGCCCCCCGCCCCUCAGCUCCACCCGAUCCUCCGGGACCCCUCUCUUUCUGAGGAGGCCAUGGAUACCUCGACGCCUUUGCCUCCUGUAACCCCCUCCCCUAUCGGCAAUCCGGCCCCGCGGACAAUCCAGAUAGAGUUCCCUCAGCACAGCUCGCUGCUUCUGGAGUCCCUGAACCGCCACAGGCUGGAGGGAAAGUUCUGUGAUGUGUCCCUCCUGGUCCAGGGCCGUGAACUUAGGGCUCACAAAGCAGUGUUGGCUGCCGCCUCUCCUUACUUCCAUGACAAACUUCUCCUGGGAGAUGCUCCGCGUCUCACUCUGCCCAGCGUCAUUGAAGCUGACGCCUUCGAGGGGCUGCUCCAGCUUAUUUAUUCAGGGCACCUUCGUCUGCCACUGGAUGCUCUCCCUGCCCACCUCCUCGUGGCCAGUGGCCUCCAGAUGUGGCAAGUAGUCGAUCAGUGCUCAGAGAUUCUUAGAGAACUGGAAAGUGCAGGAGGUGGCAUUUCCACCCGUGGAGCAACACUUCUUUCCACCGCAGCUUCUGCAGGAGGCUGGUGCAUUCGCUCUUCCCCUUUCCAGCUCCCAGGGCAGGCUUCUGCUUCUACUGAGAGCCCAGUCGUGGGGGAGGGGAGUGACCUGGGAGAGGUUUUACAAAUACAAGUAGAAGACGAAGAGGAGGAGGAGGAGGAGGAAGAAGAUGAUGAAGAGGAGGACCAGGGGACCGCGCUCUCCCAGACUCCUCAACCUCAGAGAGUAGUAGGAGGGGGUCUUCCCCACCACCCUGGGUCCCACCCACUACCCAUGUCCACCACUCCCCACAGGCUUCCAGAAGGGGAAAGUGCACCUCUUGAGGCUUCUCCUCCUACACUGACCCCCAAAAUCUUCUACAUUAAGCAGGAACCCUUUGAGCCUAAGGAAGACAUGUCAGGAGGUGAAAUUCAGUCUGGAGGUGCAAAGGAAGAGACCAAAGUGUUUCCUGGAGGGGCUACAGAAGGAAAUGGGGAGCUAGGAUUCUUACUGCCCUCAGGAGCAGGGGCCACCUCUGGGGCAGGUGGGCCAUCCUGGAAACCAGUGGAUCUUCAUGGAAAUGAAAUUCUGUCAGGAGGCGGAGGACCUGGGGGUGGGGGACAAGCUGUACACGGACCUGUGAAACUAGGGGGGACACCCCCUGCCGAUGGAAAACGCUUUGGUUGCUUGUGUGGGAAGCGGUUUGCAGUGAAGCCAAAGCGAGAUAGGCACAUCAUGCUGACCUUCAGCCUUCGGCCAUUUGGCUGUGGCAUCUGCAACAAGCGCUUCAAGCUGAAGCACCACCUGACAGAGCAUAUGAAGACCCACGCUGGAGCCCUGCAUGCCUGUCCCCACUGUGGUCGUCGGUUCCGAGUCCAUGCCUGUUUCCUCCGCCACCGGGACCUAUGCAAGGGCCAGGGAUGGGCCACUGCUCACUGGACUUACAAAUGAAGGUUUAGUUCAGACUAACUUCUGGACAAGUGAGCCACUGUGGCUAGUGGGUAUACUCCUCACUAUAUGUUACUUCGAUCUUGGAUAUUGUGAUGAGGCCAAGAGGAUAGAUAGGUGAUGAACCUCUUGUUCUGGGCCAUGGGGCUCACCUUGGUAGAUUUGGUAACUCACAUUUCUGAUCUCACACCAGGUUUUGUUGACUACCCAGCAGGAAAGUGGUUUAUAGGGUAUAGGUAAAUUGUCUAUUGCCCAUAAUACACCUUUUUGUAUAAGAGACCAAAUUUCAGAAGAUUAUUUGGUGAGAGAAGAGUUAGGGCAAAACAUAGUGGCAGAUGUUUCAUUUAGGCUCCACAAGUUGUUAAAGGAGCUGGUCUCCAGGUAGGGGUUUGUUUAGUUGAGCAUUCUAAUAAUUCAGAGACUAAGCUGUAAGCUCUGCUUCUUCACCACAGAAAUGGUGUGAGCAGCCUUCUUUCUUUGUACUUUUCUUUUGUUCUAUUUUUCUGAAGCCCCACAUACUAUAACUUGACUUCACUAGUAGCUACUUCGCAUCACCUUUUACUUUUUAUAUUGUAGUUGAGCACUUUAACAAAUUGGACAUUCCAUAUGUCAUUCCUAGGACCCUGUUACUGGAGGGUAUUCCCCCUACAGCCUGUGCCUCUUGUCUACCUUUGACCACCACUGAUCACUCACAUUGAUCACACUGACUGGAAAGCAACCAGUGAACUCAGGAGAUGGCCACUGACCUCAAUGCUCUCAGGGUAGCACCACUGCUCUGAAUAUGUGGCCGUGGUCAGAGGGACUCAGGGCUGAGGCAGCACUUGCACCGUAGAACCCCCCCUCACCGCCCAUCCCCAUCCACACAUAACCCAGAUAGCCCCUUGUUGAGAGGUGAAAGGGUAGAUAAUGGAGAGAUGGUUGCAGGUUACUUAACUUCUUUAAAUAAACUUUGCCCUGAAAUCUAAGCUGACAAUGGAUUGGAUUGAGUAAUUUGUGUGGGAGACACAAUGUGAGAACAGAGCUGCAACGGAUUGGGUUGUAUUGCUAGAGGAAGAAUGGGAUGGUGUCACACUGGUGCAAAUAGCACUGUCCUAGGCAUCAGUGGGCCAAUUUUUAGGCCCCAGCCUUUCACUGAAUAACCUCAG